GGACCCUUUUGAGCCCCCCCAGGACCCCCCAGGACCCCCCAGGACCCCCCAGCCAUGGAGCCCCUCCUCCGCCGCUGCUUCCUCGGACGGCCCCCCGUGGGGGGGGGUCCCGUCUCCUACUCGCGGCACAGGGACCCCCCCCGGGCGGGGGAGGGGCAGGAGGAGGAGGAUGAGGAUGAGGAUGAAGAAGGGGCGGAGCCAACGGUGCGGUUGCCCCGCCCCCGGCCCCGCCCCCACCGCAGGCCCCGCCCCCGGCUCCACCCCUGGGCGGCGCUGGGGCUGAGCUCGGCCGCCGCCUUCCUGCUGGGGCUGCUGCUGGCUGCGAUUGGCCGAUCCCCGUGCGGGGGCGUGGCCGUGGGGGCGGGGCCUGUGCCCGGAGGCUCCGCCCCCGACGGGGUUUGGGGCGGGGCCAACGCCGAGGCUCCGCCCCCCCGGCCCCGCCUGCGGGAGCUGCUGCGGCGCCACCUGCGGGCGGAGAGGGUGGAGGCCUGGGUCAGGGAGGUCAGCGCGGGGCCGCACGGGGCGGGGUCGGGGCGUGGCCGCGCUCUCGCCCAAUCGGUGCUCAGCGCCCUGGGGGGGGCGGGGCUGAGCCGGGCCUGGAGCCGCCCACAGCCCCUCCCCCUCCCGGUCAGGGGGGAGGUGACCCUGAGCUGGGUGGGGCCGGGGGGGGAGGAGCUGGAGCGGCUCCCGCUGGACCCCGACGCCUUCUGCGCCUGGAGCGCCCCCGGCACCGCCACGGGGGGGCUGGUGUUCGGGCACUACGGGCGCCCCCAGGACCUGCAGCAGCUCCGGGCUCGGGGGGCGGCGCCGCGCGGGAACCUCGUGCUGCUGCGGCUCGGCCGGGGCGGCGCCGCCCAGAAGCCCCCCUCCCGGUUGGCCCCGCCCCCUGGCCCCGCCCCCUGGCCCGGCCCCGCCCUCACCGCCGCCGUAGACGCCGCCGCUCAUGGCGCCUUCAGCACCGGGACAGCGCCGCCGCGCGGGGGGCGUGGCCUCGCCGCGGCCAAUCAGCGCCCGCCGUGCGGCGCGCGCGCCCUCGCGCGCUUAAAGGCGCCGCGGCCCUUUGUUAAACCGGAGGGGGCGUGGCCUGUGCUUCUGGCUCCUCCCCUUUGUGGGCGUGGCUUCACCCAAAGCCACUCCCACUCACUCCUCCUUCCCCUCCCGCGCGGCGUUAAUUAG